AUGGCGGAUGCGAUCGAUCCGAGCAUUGUGAUGAGGUCGCAGAACUACGAUGGGGCAACUCGGGGCGCCCAGGUUACGGGUGUGGCCGUCUGCUCUCUGUGUCUGACCUGGAUCUCCUUUACCCUGCGAAUCUACGUGCGGUUAGGGAUACUGAAGUUCGUGGGACGAGAAGAUUGGUUGACGGUGGCUGCCAUGGCUAUCUUCACCAUCUUCUGCUCCCUGUGUUUGCGAGCGACUGUGUACGGACUAGGUGCGCACAUGAAGGCCGUUACCCAGGAGUCGCUAGAAACGGGAACGAGGAUCGUCUUCAUGUGCGAGCUGCUCUAUGUUGUAACCACAACCGUCACUAAAGUCGCAAUUGCAGCCUACUUCCUCCGCCUCUCCAGCAAGCUCUACCAGAGACUGACCGUCUACAUUACCCUCGCCACGGUUAUGAUCUUCAGCACUAUGUACUUCUUCUUCCUAAUUUUCCAAUGUGGACCUAUCAGCUACCUCUGGGAAAAGUACAACGAGGACGCCCACGGAUAUUGUCUGAGCAGCGAUACUUUGUCUGCCGUCACCUACAUUCACUCCGCCAUGUCUACCAUAACCGACUGGGCUUUCGGAAUCCUGCCCAUUUCCUUCGUCUGGAACAUGCAGAUGGACCCCCGCACCAAGUUCUCUGUUAUUCUCAUUCUAUGUCUUGGAUUCUUUGCAAGCACAGCGACGAUUGUCCGCAUAUACUACAUCGCCCGCCUCACAGAAACCUCGGACUUGUCCUGGGAAGGCAUCCACCUGGCCAAGUGGUCCAUGGUCGAGCCCGCCAUCGCCAUAACCGCCAUGAACAUCGCCACCCUCCGUCCCCUGUUCACCAGAAACCUCUUCCACUUCGCCUCCAAGCGCUUCGACAGGUCCACCGACGCCGCCAAAGAUACCCUCCGCCCUCCCGAUCUCGGCACAGACUACAACAGGGACAAUUCCAUCUCCGGCAAGGAUUUCAGCGUCGAAUUUGCCGCACUGCUGGGGUUGAGCAGAGUCGGCGUGACGACGGAGAUUUAUGCCGGAAGCGCUCCUCCGUCGGAGAGCGAGAAAUGGAGGAACAAAUGGAAGAGGAGAGGGGAGAGCGAUCAUCAGUUGAUGGAGCGGGUGAAUGAGAGCCAGACGGAGUUGCAACUGUUGAGCGCUGAAGACGCCGCGGGUCCGUCCCAUCGGGAACUGAGUCGCGGCGCCAUCAAUUGGGACGAGGGCAUCAAGACUACGACUGUUAUUACGAGUCGAGUCCAGUGA